AUGCCAUUGGAACAACAGGACCCCUACUUGUUGAACGCGACCAACAGCUCGUUGGAAAAGAAGACAAUUUUCAACUUUGCAAGUGUUCUAGGACGUGCCUCGUCCUUUGGUGGCAAUGGAAGCGAUCGUAGCGAAUCCAAGAAGGCGGGCGCGACCGCUGGUCAGGGUGACUGCACGUUGCUACGAAAGUAUGGCUUGUGCGACAAAGGCAACAUUGGCCAGGGAGCAACGGCGGUUGUGCGCUUGGCCCACAAGCUGUCGGAGGAUGACGAGACCGAAAAGUUGUUUGCGGUCAAGGAGUUCCGUAAGCGGAGAAAGGAUGAGACCGAGAAGGAGUACGUCAAGAAGCUGACGAGUGAGUUCUGUAUAUCCUCGACCCUUCAUCACGAAAACAUUGUCGAGACCGUGGAUCUGGUCCAGGAUGAGCAGCAGCACUGGUGUGAAGUCAUGGAGUACUGCUGUGGAGGAGACCUGUACAACACCAUCAAGCAGGGCCACAUGUCCCGGAUAGAGAUCGACUGCUGCUUCAAGCAGCUCAUCCACGGCAUCGCCUACCUGCACUCCAUGGGCGUCGCUCACAGAGACAUUAAGCCCGAGAAUCUGCUCCUCGACGGCCAGGGUCGCCUUAAGAUCACCGACUUUGGUGUGUCCGAUGUGUUCCGCAUGUGCUGGGAGAAAUCCCCCCAUCUGUCCAAGGGUCUCUGCGGGUCAGAGCCCUACAUCGCUCCGGAAGAGUUUCUCAAAAAGGAGUAUGAUGCCCGUUGUGUCGAUGUCUGGGCCUGUGGCAUUGUUUACUACUGUAUGGUCUACCAGGGCAUCCCUUUCCGCGCUGCGACCGCUCAGGACCUUAACUACCAGCAUUACCUCGAGAUGAAAGCCAUCAACAACUACGAGCCCUUCGAGAAGCUGCCUUUUGGUGCCAGGAAUCUAAUGAAGAAAAUCUUGGAUCCUAACCCAGAGACCCGCAUCACCGUCGAGGCCAUCCUCGAGGAUGAGUGGUUCAAGUCCAUCGAGAUCUGCAUCCAUGGCGAGAACCAGGAUCCUCAUCGUCACUUCGAGCCAAGCCUGUACUAG